AUGGCGGAACUUCGAGCGCAGAACGCCCCGCCAACACCCGCGGAAACUUUAGAGGGCGAACUUACACUCCCCGCUAUGGCGGAGCUGGCGCAAGCCGCGGGUUUCUCAUCCGCGCAAGCUCCGCGCACGCUGUGCUCUCAGUGUCAGCAGGACCCUGCCAAGUACAGGUGUCCUGGCUGUAGUGCUGCCACGUGUAGCGUGCCGUGCGUUAAGGCGCACAAGGCGGCGAGCGGAUGCACGGGGAAGCGCAAUCGCGCGGAAUUUGUUCCUAUAGGAAAGUUCGACGACAACCAGCUUGUGUCAGACCUGCGUUUCCUGGAAGAUGCGUUGCUGCAGUAUGACGUGGCGAAGCGCACUCGCACUGCUCUAGGGGUCCGCUACGAGGCACAGGUGGGAAAGCAUUGGGGCCGAAUGCAGCAGACAGCCAGGCAGAGGGGCGUGCAGCUGCUGCUGAUGCCACCAGGCAUGUCCAAACGGAAGGCCAACCGAACCUACUUCCAACACAGGUAUGCUACCAAUUGUGCCCUCCUUUCAGCUGCUGCUGAUGCUGCCAGGCAUGUCCAAACACAAGGCCAACCGCACCUACUUUCAGCACAGGUGUGUGUUGCAACCACAACAGGUAUGCUACCAAUUGUGCCCUCCUUUCAGCUGCUGCUGAUGCUGCCAGGCAUGUCCAAACACAAGGCCAACCGCACCUACUUUCAGCACAGGUGUGUGUUGCAACCACAACAGGCCAGGCAUAUGCAGCUGCAGCAGACAGCCAAGCAAAGGGGUGUGCAGCUGCUGCUGAUGCCGCCAGGAAUGUCCAAGCGCAAGGCCAACCGAACCUACUUUCAACACAGCAUCAACAGCCGCAUGCAUGCUAUUAACCUGUGCUUCUGUGUGGACAUGGGCAUGUUGGUGCAUGUGCUCACCACGGGAAGCGAUGCAUCAUGUGGCAUCCAGGAGGAGGAGAAGCGCAACGCAAGCUUGCUGCAGAUCGCUCCGCCAUCAACUGGCACUCGUUCGUCGGCAGCAUUCGCCGCGUCCUUCAAGACGCCUUCGUCGGACCCUACUGCGUCCUUGACGUUCUCCUUCGCCGUCCGCAGGCUCUCCAACCGACCGCACCCAAUCACCCUGGCGAACCUCCUCCCCUCCCCCCCCCACCCUGGCCCCCCUCCUCCUAAGCCUAACCUGACCGUGGCUGCUACCCCCGAGCUUCAGGCUGCUGCGGACGCCACCUUCCUCCACAACCGCAAGGCCGACCAUGACGUUGCUCUCCUCAACUAUGAAUUUGCCUCAUCAGAGCGUUCCACUCACCUGGAGUUGAUUGCGGAGUACAACACCUCCAUGGCGGCUUAUGUCCCCAACAGCAUCGCCUGGGCCGCUGCCGACAACCGCACUUGCACCAUCCUCCUUGGUGCUCUCCCUGACGCCCUUAUGUGCCGCUUCCAAGCUCGCGAGAUGCGCGCUCACUUAAUUUGGACAGAGCUCCAGUCUAUGUUUGAGCGUCGCGACAUCAGCUCUGUUGGCGUUCUAUUCCAGGAGUAUUUCUCCAUCACCCUUGCCACCUGCGACGGCGCAGUCGACUAUGUCGGGCGCAUGCAGGAGGUUGCCGAUCGCCUUGCCGCUCGCCAGGCUGCCCCUUCCGAGCCCCUGCAGAUCCACCGUCUGCUCUUCAACCUCACGCCAGACUAUGAGUCCCGCCUUCACGCCUUCACCGAGGCAAACCCCUUGGCUGGCCUCCUCGAAGUGACGCAGUGGAUCAUUGACACGGAGGUCAAGCUCCGCACCCCCAUUGUCAACCUCACCACCACUCACUCCUCCUCCGCCUCCCUCAAUGCCACGCAACCGCGCACUCAGGGUGGUCGCAACGGCGGUAGCGGGGGUCGUGGAGGGGGUGGAGGUGGCAGUCGGGGUAGUGGCCGUGGUGGCCGUGGUGGUAAUGGAGGUGGUGGUGGUCCUAGUGGCCCCGCUCCCGGAGGCUCCUCUAGUGCUGGUGGAGCUCUCCAGCAGUUUCAGCAGCAGUAG